AUGAAUGAGACGAUCCCACUGAGUCCUCUGUACUCCCCAGGCAACGAGGAGGAGACUGCAUCUGCUGUUGCUCUGGUCUCUGGCGACUCCACCCCUACCUUUCCUGGUCAGGCCACCCUGCCAGACUGUGGCCCUCAGACAGACGCCAGCGGCUGCAGUGCUGAUAAAAAGCCCAAGACUGUCACUUGUCCACUGAGGUACCUUUUCCACCAGGAGGAGGAAAAGCCUUCUGCUCCCACCUCAGGCUUUAGAGUGACAGCCGCCUGCGGUGGAGAAAUAAAUGCAGGAGAGGGGAGGAAGGAAAAGAGUGAGAACGCAGAGCUAGCAUCCACAAGCCAGAGUUCCCCGACAGGCUGUGAUGUUGCCACGGGACAUGCACUUAAGGCAGCUGGACGUGAUGAUGCUGAGCGCUCAGUUGCUGGGACCCAUGUGUCAUCUUCUUGGACAUGUCACACUGCUCCAGCUCACCAGAGGCUGAGCCCCUGUGAAGGCCCUCCCAAACCUGGUUCAGAAGAUGGCCUCUCGCAGAAGCAGCGAGCACCUCGAAGACGGUGUCAGCAGCCCAAAAUGUUGAGUAGCCCCGAGGACACCAUGUACUAUAACCAGUUAAAUGGAACUCUAGAAUAUCAAGGGAGCCAGAGGAAGCCAAGAAAACUUGGACAAAUCAAAGUGCUGGAUGGGGAAGACCAAUAUUACAAAAGUCUGUCCCCUGGGGCCUGUGUCCCUGAGGAAAGCGACUCAGCCCACUGUUUCUGUUUUCCCUCAUCCCCCAGAGGAGACUCCGUUGCUCAACACUGAGCUGUGCUUUCCAGCCCCAAAUGUGUCCCGAGCAGAAGCAACGGUGGUAACUGAUCAUCUAAUAAGAAAGCGGUGUCAUGGGGUCAGCUUCUUUGGACAUGGCCUGUGCUUGAACCUUACUGAACAACUCACAGAUCCCUGAAGAUUCUCUGCUCCCAAGCCCUUCUUCACCUGCCCUGCAGCCUCUGGUCUCUUCAUCCUGUGAGAACACCCCUGCUUCGUCAAUGCAGUCCUUCAGGCUGCCGACAGCUAGAAAAGCGUGGACAGUCCCAUUGCAGGCCAGUUGUGAAAUCUGAUAACUUGUCUAUUUUCCUCACCAAGUGGAAUCCUGCAAUCUCUUUCCUGCUCUUCUUGAACCCCGCCCACUUUGGUGAGGUUUCUAUAUCUCUUCCUCCAGAAUCAGGGCUUCACUGCUGAGGGCACUGUUUCCAGGAAGAGUGGUCCAAGAUUUCUGUUUAGAUGCAAAAGUUAAAAUCUUUCAGAUUCUUCCUACAGGACAAAGGAAUGCCUCUGUGGCACGAUGUUAUGUUGAGAGAGUGUCUGCCUGUUUCUUCUAGCUUGCCUAGAGAAGCACAUCACUCCAGCAAUGAAAAGCAGAACGUGGAGAGUGAGAAUUUGGACCUGAGCAAGUUCGGGCCACCUGAUUUCAUAGCUGUAUUCCCUGGUCAGCUGUCUCCACAGGCUGUGAGAGAUGGCAGAGGACAAAGCUCAUCUUGUCCAUCUCUGUGUUUCUCAGACCUAGCUCAGGGCCUAGGACAGUGAACACCCAGUGCAUAAGAAUGAAUUAUUUCCGGCGGCAUGACUAGCCAGGGAGUUACUUACAUGUGAUAGAUGAGUUGCUACUUCUCUUAUAUAUAAGUGAGCUCUGAUGUUUUGCUCAAGAGUGAGCUGUUCGUAUUGUAAUCAUAAUGGCAUUAUAUGAUGUCAUACUCGAUAUAAUUCAGUACAAGCUGCUUUCUUGAGCACAAACUCUGUGUAAAACAAUAUGGAAAGCUGCUUAUGUGUGCUGUAAAAGCAAAACCCUGUCUAAGACUCCUUCUCUAGAGCAGAUGCUCUUAAUAUUUUCUUUCUCUAAAAUACUUAGUUGAUUUGAGAAAAAAAAAAGUACUUUAGGAAUAUUAGAAAAUGUUAUUAUCAGAGGUUUUUUUCUUUAACGGAGGGCAUUAUAAAUAUUUUCCGAAGAGGAGCAGUUAAGUGAAGUUGCUGUGUUAACUUUCCAUGAGGAGACACAGACAGGAGCAUGGGUGAAAGGCUGCUUACAGAGGCGUGGGCAACUUAUAGACAACGAUGCCACCAAAGAAUACCCCUCCAUAGCAACAACUAACCCCUCAGGGAGAGGCAGAGCCCUGUACACAGCCUUGCACGCCUUUCACACUUCCACAAGGAAAUGUUAGUAAGUGCUGUCUUGCCCUGAAUCCACAAUGGCAAUGGCUGCAUCGUGCCCAGAAGACAGAGAGUUCCACAACAGAGACAUAUGAAGAGCUCAGAAAUUAUAAUGGUGUAAGAAAUAGCUACAGACAGUUUUAGUAGCUUCAUUGGGCUUUUUUUUAAAAAAAAAAAAACUAUAUCUGGGGUUUUUCCCAGAUCUUCAUUUAAGAGGUAAUGUUUAUAUGGUGUGAGAAUAGAGCAGACAUAACAAAACUAAUUUAGUUGCUUAAGAAAUAAUGCUUAGGGUAAUUCUGUGAUAGAGUACUUGGCUAGCAUGUGCAGGGUUUAUUCCCCGAGAACAAGAAAAAUGAAGAGAUGAGAGAGGGAGAGAAAGCCUCGAAUACACAGAUUUUCUUUGAGUGCCUUCGGAAAUUUCUCUUUUAUCACCGAUUAAUCUACUUUGAUGUAACUGUUUUCCAAACUGUUGAAUAAAAAUGUUCAUAACGUCCUGUCUGUCCACACACAAUGUGAUUGUAAGCCUUGUUUCUUUCUCACUAAAAUGUGUCUACAAAUAAAGAUUUAAAAACGAAUCGUUAAAUUCUAA